AUGACCAAACCAGUUCUCUCCAUCUUCUUCUUCUUUUUCUUCACCAUCUCACUUCUGCUUCUUCCCGCGACGGCUUCAGCAACAGGGAAUGCCACAAGUGGGUUGAGAUAUGGCGGGUGUGCUCCCGGAGACACCGUCGGAGAGUGCAUAACUGCGGCAAUUGAGGAGAAGGAGGAAGAGGAGGAGGAGGGAGUUGAGGCGGUGGUGCGACGGAUACAGCGACCGACGAAGACAUUAGGCUACAAGACUCUGCAGAAGGGACCGGGUUGUAAUAGUAAGAUCUACGGUAAUUGCAUCGCACAAGUUAAUCAGCGAGCCGCUACUUGCACUUACCACACCAGAUGCAAACGUUAG